UUGAGCUGAGGGCAGCAUUUCCGCCUGUACCUCUCUGUCAGUUUAUUGUUUUUCUGUGGAUUUAUUUCUAAACUCAUCACCUGUACUUGUGUAAUAUUUUGAUGGUAUUUCUCUGCCGGAAUAAAGAAGAACUUUUCAGGAAUUGAAUCUAUCAUGGAGUCAGGAAGCCGGCUCGCUGCACUGUCGUUACUACUCUCCCUGUUGUCUCCCUGUGUUCGUACCUUCAGCCCUGAUCAGAUUGACCCUCUGCUGUAUGAAGAGCAGCUGUUGUGGGUGAGCGGAGUCCAGGGGGAGGUGAACACCUACAGGAUCCCCCUGCUCACCUUCACCCCAAAAGGAAGCCUGCUGGCCUUCUCAGAGGGAAGGAAGUCGACGGCAAUGGACUAUGGAGCAAAGUUCCUCGCAAUGCGGCGGUCCACGGACAAAGGAGCCACCUGGUCCCCGACCUCCUUCAUAGUCGAUGAUGGACAGACACGUGAUGGCCUGAACCUGGGCGCCGUGGUGGUGGAUGAGGAAAUGGGCUCGGUGAUUCUGGUCUACAGUGUCUGCUUCAGACUCUCUUACUGCCAACCGUCCAGCACCAUGAUGGUGGAGAGCCGGGACGACGGCCUCAGCUGGAGCCCCCCCAGAAACCUGUCGGUCCAGCUCGGGGUGAAGAGCUUUGCUCCUGGGCCGGGAUUCGGCAUCCAGAAACGCUACAACCCGGCUAAGGGGAGGUUGGUGGUGUGUGGUCAUGGGACAUUGGCAGGAAACGGAGUUUUUUGCAUCCUGAGUGAUGACCACGGACAAAACUGGUACAACGGCGCUGCGCUGAAAAGCAUCCCUUACAACGAGAAAAAGAGGGCACUGGACUUCAGCCCUGACGAGUGCCAGCCGGUGGAGCUGAUGGACGGCAGCAUCGUCAUCAACGUGCGGAACCAGAACCACUACCACUGUCGGUGUCGCAUGGUGGUACGCAGCCGUGACGGCGGAUUGACCCUGCCUUUAGAUAAUCUUUAUUUUGACUAUGAGCUGGUGGAUUCUGCCGUAGCAGCCGGAGCUCUGCUGAAAGACAAAGUGCUCUACUUCACCAACCCCUCUAAUGAGCAACAGAGAAUUAACCUGACCUUACGCUGGUCGCUGAAUGAGGGUGACUCUUGGGUGAAUAAAGCUACGCAGUUAUGGGCGGGUCCCAGCGGCUACUCCUGCAUCACAUCACUGGACAGCGGCUCGCCGGAGGACCGAAAGUACAUCUUUGUCAUCUACGAGAAGGGCCACAAAGACUAUGAUGAGACUGUGUCGUUCGCCAAGAUCCACCUGUAUGGUGGUCGGUAGAGCAUGUGGGAGGGAGGUAAAUAAAUUCCAAUACAUUCUGGAGCUAAAGGGAAACAGGACGCUGUUGUUUACUCCCAUGACUUUCUCAGGAAGAAAACAAAAGAGAUUUUAAACUUACUUUAUGAUAUUCAGAGUGUGAAAAUUGUGUUUGGGCUGUGGUGAUCUCAAAAUACAUUUUCUUGUUAUUUUAUCUUUAUCUUAAUCUAUCUUCGUCUCAAUUUAUCAUGUCUAUUUUUCUGUUUUCGGAUAUGUUACCAAGUCUGGGUUUUGCUAAAAACCUUUGCGCUGUCACAAUAUUUGGUGAAUUCUCUGUUCCUACACAGAAGAUAAUAUGACCAAGCAAGGGACUUAAAUCAAGCUGUUUUGAAGCUAACGUCAAAAUCUCAGUUUUACAGUACGAUAAUACAACAUUGAAGUAUUAGAUCCCAGUCUUCCACCAUGAAGAAGAGCCAUAUCUUUCAACGGUUUCAAGAUGGUGUUAAUGCAAUAUAGAUUCAAGCACAUCUGGCAACUAGCAAUAAGUCACCUCAUAAACAGAUUCACUGUAUGCCGACACUGAUGUGAAGUGAUUCCUUUUUACUCAGAUAAUAUUGAUUAAUACUGAAGCAGCCUACUUUCAAAUCUUAAAUGGGUAUUUGCUUUUUAUUAUAUGUAUUGCCCUUAUUAAGCUGUGAGUGUGCCUUGGAUAUAUGCUGACCAAACUUGGUUCUGCGUUUAUAAAACCAGAAAUUGUGUAAAAUAUUGUGAAUAGCCUAUUGUUAUAAAACUACAAUUGAAUGCAAUUUUAUAUUGGAGUAUGAUUACUUUAAGUAAAAUGAUGAAUUAGAUGUGUGACUGAAUUUGAGAAUGAAGAGGUAAAUACAUAAUGUAGCCUCUCUUGCAUUUGUGCAGAAUGUAUUCUAAAAUGUUUCAAACAGUUUGAACUCCACUCUACUCAGAUUUGGAUAACCUAUUUUAUUCCAGGAUUGCCAUGUAUCACCAGCAUUGUACACAGGGUUACGGUACAUUUUUUUCAUGCAGGAAAUGAUCUGAUCUGUACUAUCUGUAGAAUUAAUAAAUUACUUCUAACAUGUUUUGGGCAC